GGUAGCUUGGAAAUUUUUAUUUUGCAAAGAACAAUUUUCACUUCUUUUCGAUCAUCUUUGGCAGUUUCAAAAUUUCUCCGAGGAGAUUUAGUUUGAUUCAUCAUCAUCAUAUAAAUUCUUGCAGAAAGAUGCUCAAGGUCCCUGAACACCAAGUUGCUGGUCACAUUGCUAGUGAUGGUAAGCUCGGUCCACUCGUUGAUGACCAAGGCCGGUUCUUCAAGCCACUUCAGGGAGAUUCUCGUGGCGAACACGAGGCUAAGUUCUAUGAGUCUUUCACGUCUAACAAGAAGGUUCCAGAUCACAUUCAUAGAUACUUCCCAGUGUAUCACGGCACUCAGUUAGUUGAAGCAUCUGAUGGAUCUGGCAAGCUUCCUCAUCUUGUUCUUGAUGAUGUUGUUUCGGGGUACUCGAAUCCGUCCGUAAUGGAUGUUAAGAUUGGAUCGAGGACAUGGUACCCGGAUGUAUCUGAAGAAUACUUCAAGAAAUGCAUUAAGAAAGACAAAGAGACCACCACGGUUUCGUUGGGCUUCAGGGUCUCGGGUUUUAAGAUUUUCGACCACCAAGAAUCAAGUUUUUGGAGAGCUGAAAAGAAGCUUGUUCUUGGGUACAAUGCCGCUGGCGCUAGAUUGGCUCUGAGGAAGUUUGUGUCGUCAAACUCGCCAGCUGACUCUAACUUGAUACCUAACUGUGCUUUUGCGUCAGAGGUUUAUGGUGGUUCUAAUGGGAUCUUAGUGCAGUUGUUGGAGCUCAAGGAUUGGUUCGAAACCCAAACGCUUUACCAUUUCAACUCUUGCUCGAUUCUGAUGAUUUUUGAGAAUGAAUCGAUCUUGACGAAAGGAGGAGAUAAUGUGCAGGCGGUACAAGCACAAGUAAAGCUGGUGGACUUCGCGCAUGUUCUUGAUGGAAACGGCGUCAUCGACCAUAAUUUCUUGGGUGGACUCUGCUCUUUCAUAAAGUUCAUCAAAGAUAUUCUUCAGAGCAUAGACCAGCGCGAUGAAACCAAUACUUCCCCGCUUGAAAAUGGGCACUAGAGAAAUGGUUUCUUCCCGGCUCAAAUUCAAAUAAAUCUCCAAAUUUUUCCUUCAUUGGAUUAAAUCUGGUUUUGGACAUAAACGUUUGUCCCUGUUAAUUCAUGUAUAAUUUGGUUAACCAAACCAUUGUACUUUCUCAUAAGAGAAAAAUACCUAAAGUUGCAUGGAAUUAAUCUUUAACCAGUUAAGCUUCU